AUGAUUGAUGAACUGUACCCAAAGACAUCAUGGACACAGGUAUAUACUGAUGGAUCUGCAACAAAUGCAGUGGAAAACGGAGGGGCUGGAAUAUACAUCAUGGACCCUAGUGGCUACCGAGAGGAAGCACCUUUUCCUACAGGGAAACACUGCACAAACUAUGCUGCAGAGGUUGAGGCUCUCAUUCAUGCUGCCCACAUCAUCAGUACCAGAGAGGAGAACUGCUCACAUGUUGUCUUCCUGACUGAUGCACUCUUUGCUCUCCAGGCUCUUGAAACUAAUAAGCUUGACAGACUUUCAGAAGCCCUAUACCCUAUCAGCAGUGUCAACCAAGUCGUGUUACAGUGGAUCUCUGCUCACUGUGGCAUACCAGGGAAUGAAAAUGCAGACAAACUGGCAAAACUGGGUGCAGCUAAAGAACAGGAGGAUAACUGGGUGACAUACGAAGUGAUGGAAUCUCAUAUUAAAUCUCUUAAUAGACCUUCCAAACAAACCAAUGAUUAUUACCUGCUGUCCCGUCAGGAACAGGUUAUCAUUUUCCGACUAAGGACUGGACACAACAGGCUGAACCAGCAUAUGCAUAAGAGGUUCCGGCUGGUACCUUCUUCCAUAUGCUCCUGUGGAGAAGCAGAACAGACAACCGAACAUGUCAUCCAAAACUGCACAAACGUACAGCAGCUGAGGGAGACUACCUGGACAACUACAACAACUCUCUAG